AAGGGUCGCGCGAGGGGUGUCCCGGGAUAUUGCGCGGGUCUGUUGUAGGGCAUUGGUGUUCACUGGCUGCCGUGGUCUGCGGCUGUUCUCGCCAUCUGUUACUUGCGCUCAAGCUGCUUGAUUUUGAAUGGAAGGAGAAGGGCACGUUCUAGGGCAUUCUGCGGCAUAGGUGAAAGCCUGCUCCAGUGAUGUCGAUAAGGCAUACAAUCGUGUGCGGUGGGCGGGUGGGCGUGCGAUCGGUGUGCCGGUCCAAAGUUUCAGCUGUCGGAUUCUCUCGGUUGAUCGGCUGCAGGGGGUUCGCGACGUCAAAAAUGGCAACGGGACCGUUUUGUAACUUGGACGAUGUCAAUAAAAAUGUCAUCAAGCUGGAGUAUGCUGUAAGAGGACCUCUGGUCAUCCGUGCUGGAGAGAUCGCCAAGGAAUUGCAGAAGGGAGAAAAGAAGCCAUUCUCCAGUGUAAUCAAAGCAAACAUUGGCGAUGCCCACGCCAUGGGGCAGCCCUACAUCACCUUCAUCAGACAAGUGACAGCUCUCUGCCUCUACCCCGAGCUCAUGAAGUCUGAUGAUUUCCCGGAGGAUACCAAGGAGCAUGCACGCACCAUCCUGGCUGGCUGCGGCGGCGGCAGCCUGGGUGCCUACAGCGAGAGCGUCGGAGUGGAGGUGAUCCGACGCCACGUGGCGCAGUACAUCGAGGAGCGCGACGGCGGCAUCCCCAGCGACUACAGCAACAUCAUCCUCUCGGGCGGCGCGUCCGAGGCCAUUAAGUCUGUGAUGGCGCUGCUGAACCGACCGGACGGCGACCGGGCGGUGGGCGUGAUGGUGCCCAUCCCGCAGUACCCGCUCUACUCGGCCACCGUCGCGGAGUUCGGCAUGCACCAGAUCAACUACUACUUGGACGAGCCGCGCGCCUGGGCGCUGGACAUGAACGAGCUGAAGCGGUCUCUGGAGGAGGCGCGCGCCAGCUGCCUGCCCCGCCUGCUGGUGGUCAUCAACCCGGGCAACCCCACCGGCUCCGUGCUCACCCGUCAAAACAUCGAGGACAUCAUCCGCUUCGCCUUCAACGAACGGCUCAUCAUCAUGGCCGACGAGGUGUACCAACACAAUGUGUACGCGGCCGACCGGGAGUUCCAUUCGUUCAAGAAGGUUCUGUCCGAAAUGGGCGAGCCGUACAGCACCAUGGAGCUGGCUUCCUUCAUGUCCUGCUCCAAAGGCUACAUGGGCGAGUGCGGCCUGCGCGGAGGCUACUGUGAGCUGCUCAACUUCGAUCCCAAGGUCAAGGCCAUGCUGUUCAAGAUGAUUUCCGCCAAGCUGUGCUCCACGGUCCACGGCCAGGCGGUGAUGGACUGUGUGGUGAACCCGCCGCGGCCGGGCGAGCCCAGCUACGCGCUCUACGACAAGGAGCGCCGCAGCGUACUCAGCUCCCUGAAGGAGCGGGCCACCCUCAUCGCCGACACCUUCAACAGCAUGGAGGGCUUCACCUGCAAUCAGGUGCAGGGCGCCAUGUACGCCUUCCCGCAGCUGGAGCUGCCCGAGAAGGCGGUGGAGGCGGCGAAGGCGGCUGGCCAGGCGCCGGACGUGUUCUACGCUUUCCAACUGCUAGAGAACACGGGCAUCUGCGUGGUGCCUGGCUCUGGCUUUGGGCAGCGGCCGGGCACCUACCACUUCAGGACCACCAUCCUCCCGCAGACUCCUCUGCUGAAGGAGAUGCUGGCCCGCAUGCAGGAGUUCCACCAGAAGUUCAUUAAGCAGUACCAGUAGGGCCUGGCGCAGGUGCUGCCGCGCACAGCUAACGUCCAUGGAAUACGAUGGCGAUGUGGUGUCUGGUCUGCAUCCGACGGCGUGGCGAGUAACAGGGGACGUGCGGCCGUGCGCGUUACACACUGGUGCGCUACCGAUAGUACACAUCUUGCCUUCGUUGGAGACUAGGUGUCUUUGAGCCCAUUUAUUAUGACCGAAUGUGAAUCAAAUCCGUUUCUAGUUUGCGUUAAUGGUUAGUGGGUGGGCCGGCGGAUGAAAAGCGUGUGAAAUACGCGGUGGUGGUCUAUCCCAGCAGACCUGUGAAAAGUUGUAUUGUUUCUGUGCACGAGUAUCUGCCAAGUCUCGUUUGAGUGACGCAGAAAGUUGUAUUACGUCGCUUGGGCGGCUUGUCCCCGCGAGGCAGAAGCUCACAGUUGCUGCUGCGAAUGGCAAGAUGCGUUUUUGGCUCGUCCCAGUGGUUAAAAGAAAUGUAACUGACGAGUCAACGAGUCGCCUGAGUAUCCGUGAUAGCUGGAGUUGCAAACUCGCGUCUUCCGCGUCGCACUUGUUUGUGCGACAAGCGUAGCAUCAAAUGCUUGGCGUGCUAGUCGCGCGUUACAGCGGUGCGGUGGUCACGAAACUGCCGCUGCACCGUCUCGUUUUUUGGAGCUUGUCGCGGGCAAAUAGCGUUGGCCACUACUCGUUUACCGGAGUAUCCCAUGACGCAUAUGGCACGUAUGCCCUGUUCUCAGGUGCGAGAAUUUCACAUAGUCUUUUGGCGUAGCGGUGCUAUGAUGCAGACCUGUGCGGCGUCGCCCAACCGGGUGUGCGCUGGGCGGUGGGGCCACCGCCGCGACCGGUGCAGAUUUGCAGCAUUUCGAUGGUGUGCUCAGAGACCGCUGGUGCCGGUUCACGUGGUGGUGUGUGGUGCGAUACAUAGCUGAGCGCCUGCAUGGCAUUGA